GUUGGUUGCUGUAAAAUAGAAUGCGAAAACGCUCUUGGUAUGGGAGAUGGUGCGAUCUCUGAUGGACAAAUUAGUGCGUCUUCACAACUUGAUGCCCACCAUGGAGCCAUCAAUGGUAGACUAACUUCAACAACCUUAGGAUCGUGGUCAGCUUUCAAUAAUGAUGUUAGGGAGUGGCUCCAAAUAGAUCUUGGCAGUCAAGAGAGUACCAUUCUGGCAAAGAUUGCUACACAGGGAGAAAAUGCUAACAGCCAGUGGGUCAAAAAUUAUACAUUACAGUACAGUGGAACUGGUAUGACCUUCCAGAUUUACAAAGAGCAAGGAAAAAGCGAAGGAAAGGUGAGGAAAUAAGCCGCAUUUAAAGAAAACACAGUCUUUGUUAUUUCUUUGCUUUUUUUUAUCUGUCCUAAGCGCUUUUUGGUUUCCUUUUUAUCCAUUCGCACCUGUCUUGACUGUAUUUACAGACCAUCCCUUCCUUGUUAUCUUAAAAAAAAAAAAUAGUAAUUUUUCAUCUCUCUAACGAUUGCCCUAGUAACUCCUCAAGUAUUCAUUGAAUAAUCUGACUAAUCUGUCAAGGCAUAUUUGAAGUCUUAGUCUUUUCCCCAAAUAUUCUUAAUCCGCGCAGAAUAGGCUUUUCAUUUAUGGUGGCAAGUGAGACCUGCAUUUAUUUACUGGACGAACUCUAAGCCAUGGUGGUGCAUGGAAUAUGUUUAUGUAGCUGUUUACCUGUUAACCUGUCCAUCAGAAUGACAUUGCCAGUUAACUGUUCUGAAGUUUGUCUAAGACUAGUCACGUAUGAAUUUUAACCAGUGAAACAAAGGGACACCUUAAAUGCCAAUAGAUGACUUAACCAUAAACAAACAAUAUUGGCUUAUUAUAAAAGGCAAUUUCAGUUUCGAUGACUCCUGUAAACACUUAAAUUUGAUUCCUUUUAUCUAGCAAUUUUACAAUAUAUGUUCUUUUUUCCUAUUUUUUAGGUGUUCGAUGGCAACACAGACCCGGAUACCAUUGUUUCUAAUAAACUAAAUCCACCCAUUAGAGCACGGUACGUCCGUUUUCUACCAACAGCUUGGAAUAAACACAUCUCGAUGAGGGUAGAACUCUAUGGCUGUAAAGGUAAUGCGUUAACUUCCUUUCAAAAAACGUCUGGGACUCAUAAGGGUUGGGUUGAUGAACAUGAUCCCUCUCGCUACGCCCCUGGAUUUGAACUU